GUGACGGUGCAGAGGCGGAUGUUUAUGGCGGCGCCCGUAAGCGGCAUGAACUUGUGUUAAUGUGACAGGCCGAGCUGAGGCUGCUGGGAUUGGGGAAUUGAGCGGCAGGUCCGACUGAGCCACUGCUGGUUAUCCCUGUCACAGAGCCGCUUGUGUGAAUCAUCAUUGCGCUUUGCAGAACAUGAAGUGAUUGGGUGGAAUCAUGGCCCAAUUCGCCCCUGGGGUCUUCCGCACGUUACACGGGCUCUUCGCUGUGUAUAAACCCCCCGGGGUUCACUGGAAGUCGGUGCGGGAUACAGUGGAGACAAAUCUGCUGAAAGAACUGAAUGCGCUAAAGCAGCGAGCCCCCCGACAGCAGAUCCGAUUCCUGCCGGCGGGUACAGAAGGGAGCAAUGGGCUGGAGGUAACCAGAGUCCCCAGCGCUGUCCCAGUCCUGGCUGAUCAUGUCCUGGUUAAAGGGCCAGCGUUCACCCACAUCCGAGUUGGGACAGGCCACAGGCUGGAUAUUCAGUCCUCUGGAGUUUUUGUGCUGGGGAUCGGACACGGUAACAAACUCCUGAAGGAUAUGUACAACAGCCACUUCACCCGGGAUUACACAGUACGGGGCAUGCUGGGUAAAGCUACGGAAGAUUUCACAGAGCUCGGGAAAACCAUUGAGAAGACCACAUACGAUCACAUCACAAGGGAGAAGCUGGAGCGGAUCCUGGCUGUGAUUCAAGGGACCAACCAGAAGGCGCUGAUCACUCAUUCCCACUUGGACCUGCAGAGCCAGGAGGCCUACGAGCUAGCGGUACAAGGGAAGCUCCGCCCAAUGGUAAAGUCUCCUCCUAUAAUUCUAGGAAUACGCUGCCUUGAGUUUUCACCACCUGAAUUCACACUUGAGAUCCAGUGCAUGCAUGAAACCCAGCAGUACCUGCGCAAAAUGAUCCAUGAGAUUGGGCUGGAGCUGCGCUCAUCCGCUGUUUGCACCCAGGUGCGCCGGAGUCGAGACGGCCCCUUCACAGUGGAUUGCUCCCUGCUCCGGACUCAGUGGGACCUCGGCAGCAUUCAGGGGGCAAUAAGGGAGCGCCGGGCCCAAACAGAGGGAGUGAGUAGAGGGAACCCAGACAGAGAAGCAGCCGAGGGGCCCAUCCCGGGGCCAAGCCGUGGCGCAGAGGGAGAAGGAGAGCUACAAGCCUGACUGGAUCAUAUGGACUUGGAACCAGCCCCCCAGGAAAAACCUUUAAAAAGUGUUUUAUUUACUGAAAAAAGGGGAUACAGAUGUCAGAAUUAAACAAAAACUCUUUAUUUGUAUCUGAAAACAAUGUCAGUUUCUGGUACGGA